CUAAAAUUUGUUUAUUUAAUUUUUUUAUUGAAUGAAUAAUAUUAUCAUUCUCUAAAUAUUUAUUAGUUUUUAAAUUUUACUUCAAAAAUAUUCAUCCACAAUAUAAUUGUGUAAAAAUUAUCCAUUGUCACGGCAUUAAUUGCGAUACAGUUGAUAUAGUUCGUUUAAGAUUAGAAAUAAAGAUGGUGGGGUGGUGGCAAACUUUAUCGGAAAAUUAUCAUGACUUAAUGGAUAAAAAGGGAGAUCCACGAGUCAACGAUUGGUUCAUGAUGAGUGGACCACUUCCUACACUUGUGAUUUGUAUUUCUUACGCUUAUUUUGUUAAGGUUAUUGGUCCGAAGUUUAUGGAAAAUCGAAAACCAUUUUCUCUAAGACGAAUUAUGAUAGUUUAUAAUUUAUUUCAAGUAAUAUUUUCAGCUUGGCUCUUCUACGAGGGACUAGCAAGUGGUUGGUGGAACGAUUAUUCAUUCAGAUGUCAGCCGGUUGAUUAUUCCCGAAAUCCAAAAGCUCUGAGAAUGGCAAGAGGCUGUUGGUGGUAUUACAUGUCUAAAUUUACAGAAUUUGCAGACACUAUUUUCUUCGUACUUCGAAAAAAAAACAACCAAAUUUCUACCCUGCAUGUUAUACACCAUGGAAUAAUGCCCAUGUCCACGUGGUUCGGUGUUAAGUUUACUCCAGGUGGUCAUUCAACAUUCUUUGGACUGCUCAACACAUUCGUGCACAUAGUUAUGUACGGAUACUAUUUACUUGCUGCCCUUGGGCCUCGAAUACAGCCAUACUUAUGGUGGAAAAAAUAUUUGACAGCUCUUCAAAUGAUACAGUUUGUUCUUGUAAUGGUACACGCAUUCCAGCUUCUAUUUACUAAGUGCGAUUAUCCCAAGGCUUUUGUUUGGUGGAUCGGACUGCAUUCGAUUCUCUUUUUUUACCUUUUUAAAACCUUUUAUGUCCAAGCGUAUACUAAGAAAAUUUUAAAAGACAUGCCUGCAUCAAUUAAAGAGGAAAAGACUGCACUAAUGUACAAUAACAAUGCCCAUAAUUUGUUGACAUCAAAAAAAGAAAACGGUAUUAUUUAUUCUAACGAGUACAAAUUAACUAAUGACUUGACUAUUGACAAUAGCUUGAGAAAUCGUGUUUUUAUUAACAGUCAUUAAUGAAUCAAUUAAAAUUACAAAACGUUUAUCAGUGUGACUUGAUACAUUUGCAGUUCUAUUGUAUAAAUUUUCUUUAUUUUCUGGGACAUUUCUCAACAAUAGAUAUACAUUAUUUUUUUUUUUUCUUUUUUUAACUAGUUUCAGUUUCAUUUGUUCUCUGUAUCAUAAGUGCAAAGUGCAUACAAGUCACAUAUUUUAUAAUUAGGAUAUUCUUAAUUACGGACCCAAAGAAGUUAUUUAUGAUAUUACGGAAUAAAAAUAUCCAUACUGUUUUCCUUUCUUGUAAGUUUUUAAGUGGAGGCGAUAGAAUAUGACAUUAUUUUAAUUGAGUCGGAUCAUCAAUUAAUAACUUAAGCCUUCAUAGCAACCCUGAUUAAGAAAAAUGAUUUAAUCCAUGCUGUGUAUAUUAGGGUAGGCCAAAAAAAAUAAAUAAUUUUUUUUUCUUUAGUUUCCGUGAAAAUAUCAUUCAAGAUGAUGAAAAAAAAAUUCUGAUAAAGCUUGAGCCUUUAAUAUUAAUAUUAAAAUGUGUCGAUUCGUGAUUUUUUAUUUCCCAUUUGAAUAAUAUGUAAAAAAAAAAAAUUCUCAAGUUUGUAGUUUUAUACCUCGGUAAAGGUCCAUUGUACAAAUAAACUCAGGAUGUAAUUUCGUAGGAAAUUAAACUCUCUACAAAACAGGUGGCUUAUCAUUUUUUGAUAAAUCCACCUGCUCAAAAGUUAUUAAAACUCGAAGUAAAGUUGGAGAUCUUUUUACUUUUCCGGCGAAACUAUCAGACUUUUCACAAAAUGUUGUAAAAUCUUUUUUGUUGACAAUUUUAUUUCCUACAAAUUAUUAUUCGUAAAGUUUUUUUUAAAUUUCGCAUUGUUUUCUAGUUAUUUUCAUUUCAAUGUCGAGCUCUUGAAAUCGAUCAGAACAUUACUUUUUUAGGAGCUAAACAUUGAAAUGAAAAUAAUUAGAAAACAAUGCGGAGUUUAAAAAAACUUCACUGAUAAUAAUUUGUAAGGAAUAAAAUUGUCUAAAAAAAAGAUCUUAUGACAUUUUGUGAUAAGUCUAAUAGUUUCGCUAGAAAAAUAAAAAGAUCUUGAAAUUUACUGUAAAUUUGAGUUCAAGCUCCAAUAACUUUUGAACAGAUUUAUCAAAAAAUGAUAAGAGACUUUUUGUAUAGAGCUUUUAAUUUCUUACGAAAAUGUAUCCUGAGCUCAUUUGUACAUGGAACCAUUGCCGAGGUAUAAAAUUGCAAACUUAAUCAUUUUUUUUUUCCCAUGUUAUUCAAAUGGAAAAUCAAAAAUCACGAACCGGCACCUCUCAAUAUUAAUAUUAAGGGCUCAAACUUUAUCAGAUUUUUUUUUCCAUCAUCCUGAACGAUAUUUUCACAGUAACUGAAGAAAAAAAAAAUUAGUUCUUUUUUUUAGCCCACCCUAAUGUAUAUCUAUGUAUUAGUCGAUUCAAAUUUUCUUAAAUCAUUUCAAAUAAUUUUUCAUGAUCAGGGAACUGACGACUGAAAGAGAAUACUGACAUUUACUAAAAAAAUCUAAGUUAUAUUUUACAUGUAAGAUGUUAUUGAAAUAUAUAUACUUAGUUUAAAAUUUUUUAUUUUCAUAAAAAUAAAUAGUUUUAAUAUUGUAAUUAAUAAUUUAUCUGUUGAAUAAUAAAUAAUACAACGACAAAUUUUGUAUAAUUAAAAAAUAAGUUUGUGUUAUAACAAUUUGAAAAAAGGCCAUUGGUACACGGAAAAUGAAUUGUAGUAAUGGCAACAACAACUGGAGUUCCAUUUACCACAGGCUGUAGUAUGACAUGAGACAACUCCAAAUUGUGGUUACAUUUACUACAAUAUUGUAGUUAAACGUCAACUAUCGAAAAAAAUAAGAUAUGCCACAGCAUGCGGUAUUUGUAACUCCAAUUGUAGUUCA